AUGGCGCAAACGACAUGGCAAGAAACAUGGUGCAAUUUCUACUCGUGGGUCGAUCUUUCCUCACAUUGUGCUGAUGAUCGUACGAUGGUUGAGUUUGAAGAACCUGGAUUAGUGAGGAGAAAGAUCGGCAGACAGGGGAUGGACCGGGACACAAAUCGUGAACUGUGGGGCGGAGUUUUGUCAAUGAGGAUCUCGGAUACGAGCCAGUCGAGAUCCUCAACCCGCACACCAAAACCCCAUGAUUCGUAA